AUGAACUCCAAGUUUUUGCAGUUGUCAGUGUUGUUGUUCCUGUUAUUCGGCACCAGUGUAUCCUUCCAAUGGUACUUACAAGAACAUCCCAUCUUGGUGGUCAAUGCCCUACGCUACGACAAAUCCAUAAUCUUCCAACGGUUACAAAACUCCUUCGAAAAAAUGUACCACCUCCCCGAUUACGCCCAUGCCAAACUCUACAUCGGAGAUAAAGAUACAGAGAAGAAGUGUAUCACAGGAACCGAAAUCACUUUUUUUGUCAAAGGGUUCGAAAUUGUACAAAAAGAGUACGAAGCUUCCGAGUGCAGAAUUAACUUGAACCCGGAAUACCAAGUGAUUUUAAGUCCCACCGCUGGGUUUUCCCUGUUUAUUCACCAAUAUAAUGACCCAUUAACUAAACUGGUAGAAAUGAACCUCAUGAAGAAGUUUCUGGGGCUGAAAAUUCCCAAAAUUGGUGAAAUCAAGUUUUACAAUUUCCACGCAUUGAACUCUGAACUCGAGUGUUUGGUAGAAUACCAAGAGAUUUCUCAAGUGAAAAUGAAAGAAUGGAACCUCCAAGUUCACGUCCAAGAAGUAAUUGAAGUCCCUGAAUCUUGCGGAUUUCAACGGUUUGAUAAGCUGUUUGAUGGUACAUUCGUGGAGGCACUUGAAGUAAACAUCCCCAUCAACGGAACAUUCUACUGUCGAAAUGGCCGGUCUUCGACGUGCAAGAAAUCAACUGCUGAGUUUAGCACUCCCCGGUACAAGCUAUUUCGGGAUCAGUAAAACCCUACAUUCGCUACAUAGAUUACAUAACUAUCUCAUACUUGAUGUCACAACUGAGCUCUUUGUGGGGCAAUACGAUGGAAUUAAACACAAACACACCUUCAGACACGUGUGUGUUCUCACAUAAGACCACCAAGUUGUGGAUAUUCUGGAUGUUACCGGCUGAGUGAGAAUGCUUUAUAUCAUUCCAGAUGGUGGAGUUGUUGAUCGAGCCUUCGAUCCGGCACCAGGGACCAAUUACCACCGAUGAGUCGAUGAUUGCAUUUGUAACAUAGCUGUUGUCGCCAAUGAUAACGUUGUCUCCAAUGAUGGCGUUUUCGAUUUUGACUCCAUUGCCAAUUUUCACGUUACGGCCAAUAGUAGCAUUCUUACCAAUGGUGACAUACGGAUUAGUGUACUCAAGAUCAAGUUGGUCAGCUUCAUCAUUCCAGCCAUUUGAAUUUCUCGAAAAGGCGCUGUUGGCCAAUAACGCUGACAAAGGUGUCUUCAAAUUGUACCAAUAAUCCUGAUGUUUGAACACAUCAAACGAAUAAGUUUGAUGUGGCAACCAUCUCAAAAUAUCCAUCUCCAACGAAAUGUUAUCUCCUUUGCCGGUGACCUCCUCUGUUUCUUUCCUUAUGUGCGCCACCUCUAACAAAUUCAAAAUGACAUCUUUGCUAAACAUGUAGAUACCCCCAUUGAUCAACACAUCGUACUCACUGUCGAAUUGCACACAAAACUCACUAGAAGGCUUCUCCACAUAGUGCAUCACUGAAUCCGAUGCUUUCUUUGAGAUGAUAGUUCCAAAACACGAAAGAAUGCUGUUUUUCUCCAGGGCAACUGGGUCAUCUGCCUGGAUAUUCAAGUAUUUU